AUGUUCCGUCCCGAAAAGAACGAGAUGUUCGAUGAGAUGCUCGAGACAUCUGCGACGCUUGUGAGUGAAUGGGCGAAGAACGAUCCGAGGAAGAUUGUGGAUGAGUAUAAGCCGACAAGGGAACAGCUCACCAGGACGCAAUCGGAGUCGCAGCUUUGGGAUGAUGAUGGCAAGAUGUUGAGUCCGAGAUUGUCGAAGGAGAAGGAUAAGAGUGAAGAUGAGUUCCAGUUGCAGGCUAUCUUGAGGUGUGCGGAGAUGCCGCAGUUGGUGGAUGGUGGGGUUGAUGAGGAGAGUUUGAAGAGAGCGGCGGAGACGCCUUUGCCUAUUGAUGAGGAGUUUAUCAAGAGGAUGAAGGCAGAUGAUGGAGGAGAGGAUAUUGAACUCAAAGAGGCGAUGGUGGUGCCUCUGCCAGCGGAUGAUUUGGUCGUGUGA